UAUUAUGGUUGCUGACAAUAAACAGAUAACAUGGAAAAGUUCUUAAAGAAAAUUACUUUUGAUGUUAAUGUAGAAAAAGACAUGGAAACGUUUGGACGUUUAUUAGGAAAUAAAAAAGUAAAGCAACAUUUAAUACAAAGAUGUUCAUGUCUGGGCAUUGCAGUGUUCCUCUGGGUGUAUUUCAACGGUGGACUUUUACCAAGAGCAUGGCGUCAGCAAAUUCCUAUGCUGCGGAUUGGGAGUGAUGCGAAUGUGCUUGUAUUUUUCCCAGAAUCACAGGAGAAUGGCGCCAAUAUAAAAUGGGCUAGAGCCUGUAACACAGAGGAAAAAUUACAGAGAGCUUUAUACAGUAGUGACAUUCAGAUGAUUGAGGCAGAUGUGAUGUUGAGGGGUCAGGGAACUGAAAAACAGGAGUUGACGCCGGUCAUGGCGGAACUGCCAGACACAGAUGGUCAACUGACCUUUGACCGCUGGCUUGACAAUGUGAUCAAAGCCUCAUCCAAGGGUUUUAAGUUGGAUUUUCAGGCCAUAGAUGCUUUGGAAGUUACCUUGCAGAAACUGCAAGAUCGAAAGGAAGAGAUUACUGUGCCAGUAUGGUUACAUGCAGAUGUGCUUCAAGGUCCAUUAGGAGGGGCACCAAGGGUUGACUCCACCCGCUUCAUCAAAGUGAUAAAGAAAAUGUUCCCAACCUGCACCUUGUCCCUGGGCUGGACUACAGGCUCUCACACAGAUGUUAGCCAGUUGAGCUACACCUGGGACAUGGUUCUCGAUAUGUAUCAUAUCAUUCACAAGAUGGAGGUUAACAAACCAGUGGUGUUCUCGGUCCGUGCUUCUUUCUUAGAGAACUCAGUACCCCAGCUGAAGUGGCUCAUUGAUAACACUAAGAGUAGUAUUCUUGUAUGGCAGCAUCCUAGGGAUAUGGAUGCUCAGGAUAGUCAGAGUUUGAAGUAUCUGUGUUAUAGAUUUCCUGCCCAUAAUGCCUUCUUUGAUCUCACAAAUGAAAAGUUGCUGGAAAUGGUUCAGAACAACAGGGUGAUUUCCAGUGUUCAGGAAUUAGAUGCAAGAGUAGGAAUGAGGGAUUCCUUGAAAUUCCGACCAGAGGCAUGGGUGAAAAUGGGCUUCCAUAUGGAUGCCCACUCCCUAAUGGCAAGUUCUGAAGCUAUCGUAUUGCAGAGUCGGGCUGUGUACAUGGUCACAAAGGCAAAGUAUACACCUAAUCCAAAUGUCAAGCUUGAAGGUCGAGUACAUUUUCUUGACCGAAAGAAUCUCAAGGAAGAAGUAGGUAAAACUGGACUGAGUAUUUAUGUUCGGUCUAAGGAAUACAUGCACUUUGAAGACAUUAAAGGAAUUAAGUGCUUUAUUGGUGUAGAUGGAGAAAUUGUAGUUGAAAGCAAUAACAUGCCAGGAAAGGCAUUCAGAGAGAGCCAUAGAGUUACUCCGGGCUCCGCAAACUGCUACAGAUUUACUGUGAAGGAUGAGGGUAAAGAGUUAGUGUUUAUUGUUACAGUAUUGCCCGAGUGCCAUACUCUGGAGAGUUCCAAACCCUUUGACAGGGUCCCUGCUGAAGUUAGGGUCCUUCUGCCCCCAGACAUAGGGGGCUUUGAAGUGGAGCAUCCGUUCAUUGUGAAACUGGAAGACAGCAAGAGAACUGCUGUACUUGAUGAGUUGACUGUUUCAUUGACAUAAGUUUCUAGUUUUCUUAGUAUAAAUUUGAUGUGUCUGCAUAAAAAUUACUGGUAUAAGGAUUUUUUUCCGUUUGAAUGUUGAUUGGCAUGGUAUGAACUUACAUCAUGUGGCUAACAGUUUGGCCAAGGAUUCUAAAAUUACUAUUUUCUUAUGCUGAAACCAGUUUAUCACUUUAUGAAUUUGAGAAAAACAGAUCUUUUGAGUUGCUGUAUUUUAAGAAAAUAGUUUAAUCAAUUUUAUUCCAUUACAUGACAUUAAAAUAGUGUGUUUUUUUGCACAUGUCUGUAUGAUACUCAAUUCUAGUUUAUCAUUUAUCAUUGAAAUAAAAAAUCAUCAACCUCAAGUCACUCUGCCAUAUUUCUUAAAAUACAUUAUUUACAGUGAUGCAUGAUUCUUGCUUGAGAGAGUGUGGUUGUUUUAAUACAGUUAAAGAAAAUUAUAAUAAAAAAAAUGUUUAUUUAGUCAUACUCAGGGUUUUUUUUUAAAUUAGUACUCGAGAAUCUGAUCAUUUUAAUUUUUGAAAGUAUCUAGUGUUUGUAUGUUUCAAUCAAGUUCUUUUACAAUAUAUUUAUAGGCUCGAAGUGUAAGUAACACUUGUCUUAAUUGAAAUUUUGGUCUUUAGCGUGGACCAAAAUCGAAAAAUCAAUUGCGUUUUCAAAAUGAACGUUUCAAAUGUCACACAAACGUUUCAUCACUGAUUUCCAUGCAGAGUCACCAGAGCACCAAUUUCACAUAAGGAUUAUAAUGGAAUUAUUGAUUACAUAUCGGUUUUGGAUCAAAAUAUUUUAUGUAUUGUGUAUUUCUUUGAGGUUGUGUAUUUUUGUAUAUUCCUAAUGCAUAUCAAUACUUGAAAUGUGAUAAUUGAUGUAUACAUGUAAUUGAGAAUGUUUUUGUUUUGUAUUUUUGAUACUAUGAACAAUUUUAUUUUUUCAUCUAUUUGAAUUUUAAUAAAUGCUAAAACCUGAAAUGAGUUCACUAUGACAAU